CACAACAAAACUUAAGUAGGUGAGAAGCACUUUCCAUUAUUAUCUCUCUUCCCCUACCUCACAAUAAUAAUAAUGUUCAAUAAUAACACCGCAGACGCCGCAGGAGCCGUCGUGCCUACCUCAUCUGCCACAGUUCCCUCCACCAUCUUCCCCGGCACAACCAUCACUUCCAACUCCACCUUCAUAAUCAUCGGCCCCCCUCCACCGUUCCCAGCACCUCCUCGCACCAUCGACUUCACUCCUAUCAAACUUAUCUUCGCCGUCAUAGCAAUCGUCGCCGUCCCCGCCUUGGUCUACGCUCUUUUCUUCACUACAACAUGUUCUUCCCGCCGACGCAAUUCCUCCUCAUCCUCCCGCCGCCGCAGCAGCAGCUCUUCCUCCGACGACACACCUCAUGCAACCGUGGAUAUCGCACCGGCCGAGAUAGACGCCGCCACCGUCGUCGCCGCGCCUGAUUCCGGCGUAAAAUUCAAGAAGGAGACUCACUCAGAUGAGAUCGGGAACGAAUGCACCGUGUGUAUUUCGGUGUUCGCCGACGGCGAAGAGAUCCGACAACUAAGCGCGUGUAAGCACAAGUUCCACGUGCCGUGUAUUGAGGAGUGGCUUAAAAUUCAUUCCAGUUGUCCGACUUGCCGAGCAGAAGUCCCCGUUAAACCGACCGAAGCAGACGCUAACGUUAACGUUAACGUGAAUCGCAGUGGUGGCGGAAACCGCCGAGUUUCAGCGACCAAUAGAGAUGACGAUUGGCGUCAAGGUCUACCUGAUGCUUCUAGUUUAGUUUGAUUUUUUUAUUUUAUUUUGUAAUUUAUUUUUCGACUUUCAUGAUAUUCGCGAUAUUUAUUGUUACUGUAAACAAAUUACGUUAAAUCUAAAAAAAUGUGAGUUCGUUAA